GCACAUCAUAAUAUUAGGCAUUCUAGGCGAGCGCCAUCAAAAGCUAUCCAGAAACGAGACAAAGAGAGGGUGCUGAAAGUCAUGCCCAGUCUUCUAAAAUAAGUAGCAUUACAAUGAAGAGAGUGAUAAGGGCCCAACAUCUAUGUGUAGGAAUAUUGUGGUUCUGCUUUAGUUGGUGUUAUGAGUCCAACCCUGUGUAUUCCGUUAUGAUCAAUAUUACUAGAUAAUUGAUGUUAGUCGAGAUAAUAGAAUCUGCAUGCACCACUUUAGCAAUGUGUCGCAGGUUGCGUGGUUUUGUUACUAUUUUCCGAGGUUGCGAUGUUGCAGACUCUCGUCAUGCCCCGUGACAAGAUUUCGGCUGCCUAGGUUACUUGAUUUGGCUAUGGAACAGUUAAUAUACUUCGUGGGGUAGAGCUCUGCGAUCAUCACUUUCGUAGUUUGGAGAUUGGAGUAAGACGAACACCUAUCGAGAUGAUACACGAAUACCGUCAGAAGUAGUUAAUAGCGGCUUUUAUGUAGCGGUUAAUAGUUUAACAGUGUACCUUAGCCAAUAGAUGACAAUAUUUUAGAGCGCACAGUUCAGUGUCCAGCUAGAUGGCACCACGCGUUCUGGGCCGCAGGCAUGCGAUGAGGCAGCUAGAUCUCAUCCAGCAGGCAGGAAAUGGACUGGAAUGGAUUCGAGAAGAGCAAAAAUUAUUGUUGAACAAUUCGAAGGCCGAAGGGUUUGAC